UUGUUCUUAUCUACAUCCUAGAAUCGGGGGUUUCAGCUCACUGCUCCUUUUCUUUCUUUUUUUUCCUUUCUCUCCCCCGUCCCCUCCCCCCAAAUAAUUGAUUUACUUUACAAUCAUCCACACUGUGUUUUGUGGAUCUUUAAAUAUAUAUAACAAUAGUAGUCAUUUAAAAAAUAAAUUCUGAAACCUUUGCAAAUUUUAAGAGAAGAGUCGAAGCUCAGCGAGACCCAAUAUUUGCCAAUAAGAAUGGUUAUGAUAAUUAGCACCAUGGAGCCACAGGUGUCAAAUGGCCCGACAUCCAAUACGAGCAAUGGACCCUCCAGCAACAAUAGAAACUGUCCUUCUCCUAUGCAGACAGGAGCAGCCACAGAUGACAGCAAAACCAACCUCAUAGUCAACUAUUUACCCCAGAACAUGACCCAGGAGGAAUUCAGGAGUCUCUUUGGGAGCAUUGGUGAAAUAGAAUCCUGCAAACUCGUGAGAGACAAAAUUACAGGACAGAGUUUAGGGUAUGGAUUUGUUAACUACAUUGAUCCAAAGGAUGCAGAGAAAGCCAUCAAUACUUUAAAUGGACUGAGACUCCAGACCAAAACCAUAAAGGUCUCAUAUGCCCGUCCAAGCUCUGCCUCAAUCAGGGAUGCUAACCUCUACGUUAGCGGCCUUCCCAAAACCAUGACCCAGAAGGAACUGGAGCAGCUUUUCUCGCAAUAUGGCCGUAUCAUCACCUCUCGAAUCCUGGUUGAUCAAGUCACAGGAGUGUCCAGAGGGGUGGGAUUCAUUCGGUUUGAUAAGAGAAUCGAGGCAGAAGAAGCCAUCAAAGGGCUGAAUGGCCAGAAGCCCAGCGGUGCUACGGAACCGAUUACUGUGAAGUUUGCCAACAACCCCAGCCAGAAGUCCAGCCAGGCCCUGCUCUCCCAGCUCUACCAGUCCCCCAACCGGCGCUACCCUGGCCCGCUUCACCACCAGGCCCAGAGGUUCAGGCUGGACAAUUUGCUUAAUAUGGCCUAUGGCGUAAAGAGACUGAUGUCUGGACCAGUCCCCCCUUCUGCCUGUCCCCCCAGGUUCUCCCCAAUUACCAUUGAUGGGAUGACAAGCCUUGUGGGAAUGAACAUCCCUGGUCACACAGGAACAGGCUGGUGCAUCUUUGUCUACAAUCUGUCCCCUGAUUCCGACGAGAGUGUCCUCUGGCAGCUCUUCGGCCCCUUUGGCGCAGUGAACAACGUCAAGGUCAUCCGCGACUUCAACACCAACAAGUGCAAGGGAUUCGGCUUUGUCACCAUGACCAACUAUGACGAGGCAGCCAUGGCCAUUGCCAGCCUCAACGGGUACCGCCUAGGAGACCGAGUGUUGCAAGUUUCCUUUAAAACCAACAAAGCUCACAAGUCCUGAAUUUACCAUCCUUACUUAUUAAAAUAUAUAUAUAAAUAUAUACGAACAAAACACAUGUGCGCGCACACACACACACACACACAUACACACACGCACACACACAAAAGAGAGAGAAACAAACUUUUUGAGGCUUAUAUUCAACCAUGGACUUUAUAAGCCAGUGUUGCCUAAGUAUUAAAACAUUGGAUUAUCCUGAGGUGUACCAGGAAAGGAUUUUAUAAUGCUUAGAAAAAAAGAAAAAAAAAACAAAAAAAAAAUACCUUUGAUGCAUUGAAUGUUCUUUCAUAGCUGUCGUUGUUGAAUAUAAUAUACAUAGAUAGCGAUGUGCAGGGAUUUUAACCCAGCCAGCUAACUUUACUACCUUCCUUGAAGGUGGAUCUUUUUAAGAUGACCAUUCGCUCAUUUGAAGAAGAAAAACAAAAAA